AUGGAAAGUGAUGAAGAACUUGUCAUUAUUACUUUGUUAUUAGAUGAAGAAGAUGAAGAAGAAAGUAGAGGAAAUAAGAGAAAACAUAGAAUGUGGAUACAUGACAUAUUCAAAAAAAGGUCACAAUUUGGAGAAUAUCUUACACUGUUUACUGAUUCGUAUGACGUCAUCCGCACCAGUCGGAAAAGUUGCCCCUUCGAUCAAUUUCGUCGGCAUUACCGACGGACCGAUACGUGCGAUCCGUCCGCUGCCGGCCAGUGGACGCAUAUGUAUAUCAUACUAUACUAA